AAAACACGAGGGGGCCGGGCUAUAAUCCGUUAGGCGCGCGCCAAACCAACCGCCAUCGGGUGCGCUGGCUGCAAAGAGAUAACGUGCAGAUGAAGCAAGGCAAGAGAUGAACAUAGCGAACAACCGUUGACCGCAUACAGACGCCGAUGGUUCGAGGAGCUUGGCGAAUGUAUUACAUGUUUUGGCAUGUCACUGUGACUCAUUAUUAUUUGAAAAAUAUACAUCUUUAGGAAUUCACCUUCAAGGCACCAUUGCAUGAGCGAGUGAAGCGGUUGACUGGCGAUGGUCUUCUGUCUAUCUACGCGAAGAUUUCCUCGACGGUCUCUUUGAUAAUUCCGUGCGGCAUUACUGAGCAAAAUCCGCGUGAGAAGCAGACAGUUGUUCAGAGUUUGGGACCAGGGAGAUUCCGAAGGAGAGAGGGAACAUUCAUGUUAUUUCUAAGAUCGUUGGAGAACAGCUGUGUGAUGCUGUGGCUGCUGGUCCUUGUCCUGCCCGGGGUGGCAUGCAGCGCCCUGACCCAGAACCUUCUACAGCCUGACAACGACCACAGAGACGGUGCUGUUGCCGUGAUGACCAGGCCCCACAUCUACUACUGCCGCUCGCCCAACAUGGAGGUCUUCACCUGCUGGUGGCAUCCCCUUGACAACAGCUCCGAGAGUGACGACAACGUCACCUACAGCCUCACCUACUCCAUAGAGAAGGGGCUGAGGCGUGAGUGUCCGGACUAUGUAACGGGCGGACCCAACAGUUGUCACUUUGACAGCAGCCACACGUCCAUCUGGACCAUAUACUGCAUGAACGUGAUGGCCAGGACUUCCCAUGGAGUGUUCAGCUCCAAGGACCACUGUCUGGACGUGGCUGAUAUAGUGGAGACAGAGGCUCCAGUUAACGUGACCUACACCCUGAUGAACGAGACGGAGGAGGAAGCGGGCCGCACCGCCAUGGUGUCCUGGGUUUACCCAAACCCCUCCCACAUCCAGUACGGUUGGAUCACCCUGGUCUUCGAGCUGCAGUACCGACGCAUCGCCGAGCCCAACAACUGGAAGGUGAAGGGCUUGCUGAGAGAGCCUCGGCUGGAGCUGCUGGAUCUGCCGGUAGGAGAGUACAUUGUCAGGGUGAGAUGCCGUUCCCGCAACAACGGCCUCUGGAGCAAGUGGAGCACCCCUGUCCUACUCUGCGUCCCAGCUAAAUCUACCCCCGAUAAGCUGCUGGCUCUGCUGUUGGUGUCCGGUGUUGGGGUCAUGGUGUUGCUAGUCAUCGGGUUUGGAAUUAUGCUACAGGGCAAGAGGAUAAAAGCAUUCCUUCUGCCUCCAAUUCCCAAACCACGCAUCAAAGGCAUCAAUCCCCUGCUUCUGAAGAAAGGGGGCUUUGAUGAGAUCAACCAUCAUUUCAUCUCCUUCCAUGGCUAUAAGCCCCCAAGCUACAGCGAGGAGGAGGUCUGGGACUCUGUCAGCAUGGACAACAACCAGUCUCUCCAGGCUCCCCCGGGGGUCCUAGCAGUCCGGACGGAGGAUUACGGUAUGGCCAUCCACAGCCAACUACUGGUCCAGACCCCCUCCAGCCACGCCCCUUACACCCCAGUCCCCACCUCUUACAACCCAGUCCCCGCCCCUUACUGCCAGGCUCCAGUGGAAGCCUUCCCGACCGCGUGGGCAUGGCCAACAGCAAACCCCGCCCAGCCGGAGCUUCUGGACUUCCCGGGCACCGACUACAGCAUGAUGGUGGACCCCACCCCCGUCCCGCCUCCGGACCAGCAGGCCCCACCCCCAUCCUCCACCCAGGACUUCUACACGUGCGUGAACGUGCUGGGUGUCAACGGACAGGUGCAGCUGGUGCCCUGCCUGCCCAACCACCGGAAACACAGCCCCUACGUACAGCUGGAGGAGGAGCUAGAGGAGAAGACCAGCCAGUUAGCUGACUACCUGGCUAAGAAGAUGGAGGCAGUAGCCAAUGGGAGAGCGCUGGGGGAGACAGAGGUGGAGACAGAGAGUGUGGAGCAGAGUGAAGUGGCUGUGCCUUUACUGCCUGGAACCACUGGCACACAGGGCAACAGGGUGUGACCAGUUAACACACACACACACACUAACACACACUCACACACAAACACACACAGCAACAGGAAUUACUCUAGGCUCAAAUGAGGAUGUUAACUCAUGGAUGGACCUCUGAAUAGACCUACUUAAUAUACUAACAUAAUGAAGUGUUCUUGUGAGUGCACCGGCCUGGGACAUGACUCCUCUGUGUCUCUACCCCCCCAGUGACACUGCUGCUACUUCUGUUCACUGCUGAUAUGGCAGGGACAACAUUCUGACAACAGUCUCUCUGCGGGGAAUCAGAGAUGCAGCAUUUGACCGUUUUCUUUCAGUGCGGAGCCAAGGUUGGGAUACAAGAUGGAUUCCUUUUAACGCAGAAAAUCUGACAAGAUAUAAAACGGCAACUUGCAAAGUGUCUUGAACAAUAACAAUAGAUUCUCCAUAGAACUGUUGUUGUGUGGAUUGAGUCACUGAAAGGUUAUUAUACUCACCUGUUCCUCUGUCCAAUCUUGUUAGAAAAUAACGACUGCGAACUCUCUUUUUGUUGGAUGUAUAAUGAAUGACCAACCACUCUGUGAAAGAUGCUUAGAUUUUUUAACAAUCAUGUUUUAGGGCUCUGUGAACUCAUUUAACUGUUAAACGAAUGCAAGAAUACCAGUUGUACCGUUCUGAGGCCCAGGCAGAAGUUAGCAUGCAUUUAGAGAACAGUGGAGCACACCAAAGAUCUGAACACCCAGACCAAGAGAGCAGUAAACAAAAUGUAAUGCACUUCUUCAAAUAUAAAUGAAUUUUAGAGAUAAAUUAUUGUAAUUAUUAGAAUGAAUGAAUUACAGAGAAAAUACUUUAAUAUAUAAAAUACACUAAUGAUGUGAAAUAUAAUGAGGCAAUGUGAUGAUAAUAAUAGUAAUAAUAAUAAUAAUAACAGUAAAGUACACUUAUAAAAUGAACUGUCUGGGUUAAAUCCAUGAACUAAAAUCACAGAUUUAACUGCAUGCUUCACACUCAGGAACUCAACCAAGCAUACAGUAGGAAGUCAACCCAGCAAAGGUGCAAUAUACUUUUAGUCCCAUGUGACGGAACAAAAAUACACAAACACACAAACACUCAAAACUUUUUUUCUUUCUUUUAUUUUUUUGUCAGAAAUGAAACUACAGAUUGCACUGUAUUCAAAACAAGUGAUUUUUGGUAACAUCUAUCAUUUUCAGUCUGUAAAACAGCCCUCACUAUGCACUGCUACAUUAGCUACUAUUAACUACAUGCUGGAUUUGAAAGCACUUAUUUUACCAGAACAUAACACAUGCAGCUUUCUCAGGGGAGAAGAGGGGAGGCUAAAGAAAAGAACACUGUGAUCAUUGUAUCGAUUUUUACAUAGAAAAUGAGGCAACCAGACGACUAGGGAGAAAACACAUCUUCUGAAGGUGACCGAUAUUACAAGAAGGACAAACAAUGGUUAAAACUUCUACUGUUGUGUAUAGGAACAAGACGUUUUCACCACACCCACUAUCUUGAGUAGAUGUGUUAUUCCACAGUGAUUUCUUCAUCAUAUCUUCUUGAACAAGCUUUCCUGGUGAAUAGGAGGCCAUGGAUGCUAUUUAGAAAAUGUAGGCUUUUUUAAUGACAAAAGUAAGACGCUCCCAGUUGCUAGGAAGAUGACCUUGAAGGUAUGUGGAUGGCAGUCUAAUAUCUAUAGAGGGUUUGUACAGUAAAUAUAUGCAUUGUUUUGUGAAAGAAACAUGGAGAAACAAAUAAUAUGCAUCAACUGUGAAAUAAACCAGUCUCAGAGCAUUUGGAAUGUCGGGGUACAGUUUAAUAAUAUCGGAAGCAGUUUAUUAGCCAUUUAACAAAAAUGUUUGGGAAUUGUCUUGGUAAAAAGCCGUCACACAGGAUAACGAUGAAAACACACACAGUAAGAUAUGAUGCAACGAGUAGCUUAAAUCCUUUGUACUAAAACACUGUGUUCCUAUUUCACUGGCCCUAUGGAUGGACCUAGGGCAGUCUGUUACACUGGCCCUAUGGAUGGACCUUGGUCAGUCUGUUACACUGGCCCUAUGGAUGGACCUUGGGCAGUCUGUUACACUGGCCCUAUGGAUGGACCUUGGUCAGUCUGUUACACUGGCCCUAUGGAUGGACCUUGGGCAGUCUGUUACACUGGCCCUAUGGAUGGACCUUGGGCAGUCUGUUACACUGGCCCUAUGGAUGGAUCUUGGGCAGUCUGUCUGUCUGUUUUACGUGUUGGUCAAUUUUUAAGCUUUAAAAUGACUUGAUGUUUUUAAUGUCUCUCUCUCUCGCUUGGUUUGUCUCGCUCCCUCUCUCUCUCUCUCUAUGAAGUCAGGUGGUUUCUCAGUCAGUAGUCCUGUGCAGUGCUUUUCUCUGUGUUGUCAUACUGUUCUGUUCACUGUUUGACUCUGCUGUGCUGCUUCCAGUUUGUGCCUUGACUUGACUGUGUGGAACUCUCCUGUCCUUACAAGUGCUCACACACACUUGUAGACUGAAAUUAUAUAUUUUUUCUAACGAGAUAGACACACACACGCACACACACACACACACACACACACACACACACACACAAUAACACAGACAACAGCGUUAUUUGUAAAGGCUAUAUAGGACAUGUAGAAGCAGUCAGGCCAGAUUGUUUCUGUUCUGUACAUUGGAUUUUGUGGGGUGGGGUCAGUUAUGUUGUUUGUUUUGGAAGCAAUGUCUUUCCCAUGUAGUGAAUAAAGCCUACUGCUGACCUG